GGUUGUGGUCGGACUCCGCUCGCUGUUGUUGUAGUCUCCACACAGCGCGGUGUGUUUGGGGGAGACUCUGAAACGGAGACUCAGUCUGAGAUUAAAGAGCUAAAUGAAUGAUAGCCUGUUUCAAGAAAUCUCCUACACUUUUCUACUCAGUUUGAAUGUGCUUCUGUAAACACAUCAGGACAUUCCACCAAGAGGAAAGUUAAGCUGCUGAAACAGGCGAGAUAAAAGAAUAUGGCAUCAAGAAAACAUACUCAGCAAAUUUCAUCUGGUACCCUCCACAUGAAGACAUCUCACAGACAAACACAGAAACACAGCAAGGAGAGAAAUCACUAUGGUUUGGAGUGUGGAAAGAGUUUUACUGUACUGAGUCAUCUCAAAAGACACCAGCGCAUUCACACAGGAGAGAAGCUGCAUCACUGCUCAGAGUGUGGGAAGAGUUUUACUGAACUGGGUACUCUCAAAAGACACCAGCGCAUCCACACAGGAGAGAAACCGUAUCACUGCUCAGACUGUGGGAAGAGUUUUACUCAACUGGCUACUCUCAAAAGACACCAGCGCAUCCACACAGGAGAGAAGCCAUUUCACUGCUCAGAGUGUGGGAAGUGUUUCACUGUACUGAGUCAUCUCAAAAGACACCAGCGCAUUCACACAGGAGAGAAACCGUAUCACUGCUCAGAGUGUGGGAAGUGUUUCACUGUACUGAGUUAUCUCAAAAGACACCAGUCGAUUCACACAGGAGAGAAACCGUAUCACUGCUCAGAGUGUGGGAAGUGUUUCACUGUACUCAGUAAUCUCAAAAGACACCAGUCGAUUCACACAGGAGAGAAACCGUAUCACUGCUCAGACUGUGGGAAGAGUUUUACUCAACUGGGUACUCUCAAAGUACACCAGCGCAUUCACACAGGAGAGAAGCUCUAUCACUGCUCAAAGUGUGGGAAGUGUUUCACUGUACUGAGUCAUCUCAAAAUACACCAGCGCAUUCACACAGGAGAGAAGCCGUAUCACUGCUCAAAGUGUGGGAAGUGUUUCACUGUACUGAGUCAUCUCAAAAGACACCAGUGGAUUCACACAAGAGAGAAACUGUAUCACUGCUCAGAGUGUGGGAAGAGUUUUACUCAACUGGGUACUCUCAAAAUACACCAGCGCAUUCACACAGGAGAGAAGCUGCAUCACUGCUCAGAGUGUGGGAAGAGUUUUACUGAACAGCGUAGUCUCAAAGCACACCAGCGCAUUCACACAGGAGAGAAACCGUAUCACUGCUCAGAGUGUGGGAAGACUUUUACUGUACCGAGUGCUCUUAAAAUACACCAGCGCAUUCACACAGGAGAGAAGCAGUAUCACUGCUCAGAGUGUGGGAAGUGUUUCACUGUACUGAGUAUUCUCAAAAGACACCAGCGGAUUCACACAAGAGAGAAGCCGUAUCACUGCUCAGACUGUGGGAAGAGUUUUACUUUACUGAGUUCUCUUAAAAUACACCAGCGCAUUCACACAGGAGAGAAACCGUAUUACUGCUCAGAGUGUGGGAAGUGUUUCACUGUACUGAGUCAUCUCAAAAGACACCAGCGCAUUCACACAGGAGAGAAACCGUAUCACUGCUCAGAGUGUGGGAAGUGUUUCACUGUACUGAGUUAUCUCAAAAGACACCAGUCGAUUCACACAGGAGAGAAACCGUAUCACUGCUCAGAGUGUGGGAAGUGUUUCACUGUACUCAGUAAUCUCAAAAGACACCAGUCGAUUCACACAGGAGAGAAACCGUAUCACUGCUCAGACUGUGGGAAGAGUUUUACUCAACUGGGUACUCUCAAAAUACACCAGCGCAUUCACACAGGAGAGAAGCUGCAGCACUGCUCAGAGUGUGGGAAGAGUUUUACUGAACAGCGUAGUCUCAAAGCACACCAGCGCAUUCACACAGGAGAGAAACCGUAUCACUGCUCAGAGUGUGGGAAGACUUUUACUCAACUGGGUACUCUCAAAAUACACCAGCGCAUUCACACAGAAGAGAAGCUGUAUCACUGCUCAAAGUGUGGGAAGUGUUUCACUGUACUGAGUCAUCUCAAAAGACACCAGUGGAUUCACACAAGAGAGAAACUGUAUCACUGCUCAGACUGUGGGAAGAGUUUUACUCAACUGGGUACUCUCAAAAGACACCAGCGCAUCCACACAGGAGAGAAACCGUAUCACUGCUCAGAUUGUGGGAAAAAUUUCAGUUACAAGAGUGCUCUCAAAACACACCAGCGCAUUUACACAGGAGAGAAGCUGUAUCACUGCACAGAGUGUGGGAAGAGUUUUACUGUACAGAGUAAUCUUAAAAUACACCAGCGCAUUCACACAGGAGAGAAACCGUAUCACUGCUCAGAGUGUGGACAGAGAUUCACGCAACUGAGUCAUCUCAAAAGACACCAGCGCAUUCACACAGGAGUAAAACCAUAUCACUGCUCAGAGUGUGGGACAUAUUUUACACGAAAGAGUAUUCUCAAAACACACCAGCGCAUUCACACAGGAGAGCAACUGUAUCACUGCUUAGACUGUGGGAAAAGUUUUAGUGUACAAAGUAAUUUCAAAACACACCAACGGAUUCACACAGGAGAGAAACCGUAUCACUGCUCAGAGUGUGGGAAGAGUUUUAGUCAACAGAGCUCUCUCCAAAGACACCAGCGCAUUCACACAGAAGAGAAACUGUAUCACUGCUCAGAGUGUUGGAAGAGUUUUAGUCAACACAGUAUUCUCAAAACACACCAGCGCAUUCACACAGGAGAGAAGCCAUAUCACUGCUCAGAGUGUGGGAAGAGUUUUAGGCAACAGAGUAAUCUCCAAAUACAUCAGCGCAUUCACACAGGAGAGAAACCGUAUCACUGCUCAGAGUGUGGGAAGAGUUUUACUAUACAGCGUAAUCUCCAAACACACCAGCGCAUUCACGCUGGAGUAAAACCGUAUCACUGCUCAGAGUGUGGGAAGAGUUUUAAUCAAAAGGGUAAUCUAAAAAGACACCAGAGCAUUCACACAGGAGAGAAACUGUAUCACUGCUCAGAGUGUGGGAAGAGUUUCAGGCAUUUUAAGACUGGGACAAUCCACAAGUGCACUAAGGGCCGUGUUGGAAAUGGGCAGUAACGACCAAUAACCAAAGCAUAUAACAUCUUGAGAGUAAAGGCCUGCGGGGAAUUAAAGUGACUUCAGGCCUGAUUUCAAGAUGUUUUUUUGUUUUACACUGUCAUUUAGUUUUACAUUGUUUCUAAAAGCUAAGGAUAAAAUGAAAUGUAAUUUCCUGUUAUGUUUCUGUUACCGAACACAGCCAAGCCUGCAGCUCAUACACUGUGGUACUGCAUAUUCUCCCCCAAAUGCGUUUCAUUUGUAUUAUAUGUGCA